UCAAACCUCUUUAAAGUAAACCCAUUAAAACCCACUCACGCUCCUCUCCAAGUAGUAGUGGUAAGUAAGAACAGAUGUCAAACAACACUUCCCCUGUUUCUCCCAUGCCCCUCUCUCAACACUUCAGCGACUAUGGCUUCGAUCCCCAAAUCGACUACUUUCAGGUUUUGGAAGAAGCAAGAAAGCACAAGAAAGAAACUUCCUCCAUUGACAGUAUGCAUCAAUUCAAGCUCCAGAAGCCUAUAUCCAAAGACGACCUGAUCCGAACCGCUCUCCACAAGAAGAAGAAGCGUUGGUUCUUGAAAAACGCUUUGCUCUUCUUCAGCUGGCGGAAAUGGCGAAGGCGAGACAGUCAUUACGCAGGGGAAGGAGACGUGGAGAUGGAACUCGACGUUCACAUGGCGAGGGCUAGGAACUUUCGCGCCUCAUCAGUCGGACCCGGUUCGAUAUCUGGUCCGGUUUACGUGACGGAGAGCUGGAGCGGUUCGAGCACACCGUACCGAACGAUAAGACCUUCUUCGCUGACGUCGACGCCAGCUGCUGUUCCGUAUAUGAGUCUACGGGAGCUUAACAUGGAGCGGCAACACAGGAGCAACGCAUCUUCUUCUAGGUCGGGUCCUCUUUACUUGGUCACGUGAUCCCCUAUAUAUUAAAAGAGAAGCAUUUUUAAAACUUACCUUAAAAAUUUAUUGGCAAGAAAUGUGACGUGGUGACGUGGCUUCACGAGAAGCUUUUGAUUAGUAAAACGCUUAUGUGUCACGCAGAGAACGCCUCUCAACAAAACUGUGAAUUUAAUGCGUUCACACUAACAUUCCUUUAAAAAAACUUCAUAUCAUCUAUAUUUUCCUCGACAAACACUUUUACGUGAUAAACCUUCAGCUUCAAGUUAGAUUAGUUGAUUUAUCAAUCCACUCAAUAUAAUCAUAGCAUCAAUAAAGAUUUCUUAUUCCUCUAUACGUUUCUGUUAAAAACGAUUAGCCAUCUGAUCUAUCGUCAUUAAGUCGACAAAUCUGUAGAGACGACAAAGCGAUGAAAUUUUAGUACGAUGCCAAGUGUUAAUGAAAGAACCCUUUUCUCCAUAUCUGCUUUCAUGCAUUUAGCAGAGUACUCACAUUCUUGAGAACCGCCUCUUAUUGCUGAAAGAGGACGUUGGAAAUCUAUUUCUAGAUAAAUGUGUUGUACUCGGUUUUGUUACUGCUCGAUGAGGUGAUCUCUGUUUUAAGGAGACUGAAUCACUGUAAAUCGUUUCGGCUUAGAGUAUUAGUCUUCUCAAGCAAGCAAUAUAAGCAUGUGAGUGUCACCACCUUCGCCGCCAUGAGAACUCUGCAUUAGACGACCUUGAAGAUGAGAAGAAACUUCCAGGAACGAACCACCAGCAAGUCUCACGUGAUGGUCGCAUCUGGAACAACCUUUACAAUUUAGAGGGUCAAAUAAACUUCAAUUUCUUUUAUUACGCAACUAUGUUUUCUGAAUUUAAAAGAGCUAUACUUUUUUA